AAAAAGUAGUUUAUGAGGCAACCUGACUGCAGUGUAUGAGUAUCUCUAUAGGGAGAAAAUGCUGGGCACCAACUAAUUCUUGAAGCCAGUAUAUGAAGACAUAACAAGAAUCAACAGCUGAGGCUGAAGCCAGAGAUACUCAUAUUAGAGACUAAGCAAGAAAUACUAUACAAUCCGCAUCGGAGGUCUAAAUUCAGCAAGAACAAACACGCUUUGGAAUUUAUUUCUGAAUUUUAUACAGCUUGCUUUCCGACCCGUGUGGUUAGAUAUUCAGAGAAGCUGAAAAGCUUGUUUUACAGCAAGAAAGCAGCAAGGGAAAUGGAGAUGCCUACAUCUUACAGAGUCCAGGAAAUCUCUUCCUAAGGAAUACAUGUUCCCAGUUACUUAAACAACUGUGGAAAGUUUAUAUUCGCAGUGCUUCUUUACAUCACAACUUGCAGCUGAACAAAAAACAGCAGGUCCUACAGAGACAUUGUCACAAUUUGGGAAAACAAAUGUACAAUUAAAUAAACUUCAGGAUGACCUCAUCUGCUGACAACAACAUGUGAAUUAUUGCCCAGCGCUGGGUACACAGGUAUUAUAGUAUUUGGAACUGAAGAACGAUCAACUGGCAAUUACCAGAGUGGAAUCUUUUUACUGCAACAUUCAUGUUUCAUCUUGGAAUUUAUAAAGUGAAAUGGAAAAUAUACAGAGCCACUUGGGGCAAAUGCAUCUGCAAACUACCUUGAGAUUUUUAAGUAAAUACAGCAGAAUACAAAAAAGGAUAGCUGCUAAUUAAAGGAAUUCCAAAUCGUAAAUUUGAACUGCUAAUAUGAUGGUAAGCUCCAAUUGUUCUACUGAAGACUCCUUUAAAUAUACUUUGUAUAGAUGUAUGUUUAGUAUGGUGUUUGUUCUUGGUCUAAUAUCCAAUUGUGUUGCUCUCUAUAUAUUUACAAUCUCAUUAAAAGUGCGAAAUGAAACUACAACUUACAUGCUUAAUUUGGCAAUAUCAGAUCUGCUUUUUGUGUUUACAUUACCCUUCAGAAUAUACUACUUUGCAAUAAGAAACUGGCCAUUUGGAGAUUUACUUUGCAAAAUUUCUGUCACACUGUUUCAUACAAACAUGUAUGGAAGCAUUUUCUUUUUGACUUGUAUAAGCGUAGAUCGCUUUUUAGCUAUAGUAUACCCAUUUCGAUCCAAGACUCUUAGAACCAAAAGAAAUGCAAACAUUGUCUGUGUUGCAGUAUGGAUAACUGUGCUAACAGGAAGUGUACCAGCAAGCUUUUUUCAGUCCACCAACUCCCGAAAUGACACCAGAGGAAAUGAACAAAGCACAUGUUUUGAAAACUUUCCAGAGGAUACAUGGAAAACUUAUCUGUCAAGAAUAGUUAUCUUCAUUGAAAUUGUAGGAUUUUUUAUUCCACUGAUCUUGAAUGUGACCUGCUCUACAAUAGUUUUAAGGACAUUGAAAAAACCAGUUACAUUAAGUCGGAACAAAAUAAGCAAAAACAAAGUACUUAGAAUGAUUUUUGUCCAUUUGGUGAUUUUCUGUUUCUGUUUUGUGCCAUAUAAUAUUACACUGAUACUUUAUUCUCUUAUGAGAACACAGACAUGGAUUAACUGUUCAUUUGUAACAGCAGUCAGGACUAUGUAUCCUAUCACUCUAUGCAUUGCAGUUUCAAAUUGUUGCUUUGACCCUAUAGUGUACUAUUUUACAUCAGAAAGUAUUCAAAAUUCAAUAAAAAAGAACAGGUCAACUAGAACACGUGAAGUCAGAUUCUCUGAAACUCAAGCUCCUGAAAACUUUAUUCAACACAGCCUUCAGACCUUAAAAUCUAAAAUAUUUGACCAUGAAUCUACAAUAUAGACUGUUUGAAAGCAUACUGGGACUAAACUGGAAUAAAAACUUACACAUUUCUUCAGCUGUAAAAAUAUUUACUUGUAUACUUCCUGCACCUCAGAAAAAAGGAUAUAUAAUGAUGACAAUUUAAAUGUCACUUGUAUACAUUUUAAACAUGAUACUCUGUAGAAAAACAUAAUUACUGUAAAAAUGACACACUUUUCAAACCUCCUUACCAACUGUAGUUCCUCCUGUAUCUCUUUACAUUUGAAGCUAUUUUUUUUUUGUGUUUUGGCAUCAGCUUAAGAUAGUCAAUGAGGUCCAGGGCUGGAUAAUUAUUCAGCAAAUCAUAGGAGAUGAAAACCAGAUUUUCACAAAUAGAUCAUAGCAAUUUUAACAAAAGAAAAACAAAAUUGGGAAGCCAUGGCUAUUCUGAAGUUUGUCACAAUGGCAACUGUGAGGAUGCAAUUCAUUUGUUCACAUUUCUGACUUCCUUAAUGGCUAUGGUCUGCAAUGUAUGGAUCACAUUAUUGCAAAUGUACUGGCAGUUUCAUGGUUUUUUCUACCCUUUUAUAUAUCCCCCCUUUCUCUGCUUGCUUACAAAAGUUAACAAUUCCUUUUUAAAACCAAUUAUGUGUACAGUAGGACUUAUGAGGAUGCAGGUUAUUUAAACUACAACUGUUUGUAACAUCUUAAUGUCAGAAACCUCUCCCCUGCACACACAAAUAUGGUUAAAAACCAAGCACCAAAAGAUCUAGUGUCUUACAGGAUCCCAAAAUCCAAGUAAUUUAAUACAUUUAACUUUUUGGUAGUUCAGGGAAUUGGAAUGCAAGUCAGGAAAUUUGCACCUCUGCAUUCUACAAUUAUGGGAAUUUUUUUUUAUAUAUAUAUAUUUUUAUAUAUACGCACACACUUUGGCUCCUCUGUCCAGAGAGUAGAAAAUUUAAUGCUCUUCUUCAUUAAAAUCUUUGAGACCUAUUGACUGAAAUCAUUUUGUAAAUUGCAAGUAGUCUUUUAAUAGACUUUUCUUUUUAUAAAAAACAGUUCCUAAGAAACUAUAGCAAAUAAAACUAAACCCCUUUGAAUAAACCCUGUUUGAGUUGUAUAAUUUAACUUCAAAGUACUUCUUUGUUACUAAAGAAAAAGUCUUUUGUUAAUGAGCAUUCUUCUCAUGAAUACAUGGACCCUGUAUGAAAAAUUAAAUAUUUUGCCAAAAAUCCCCAGAAAUUGUAGUUAGCCACUUAUUCUUGUAUCUUCUCAUAAACGUUUGCAUCAGAGAAUUAUUUUGAUUUUAAACAUUAGUUUGGAAAAACCUUAAACUUAGUUUUACAUUCAGGUUUUUUUUAUACAUCUAGAAAGAACAAAAAUACAUUAUUUGAGGUGCCUGAAUGUUGGAGCAAAAAAUGCAGGGGAGGCUUUCAAGUUAAGGUUUAAAAUGAACCAAGGUUAUUAUCCAUCAUUUAUCUAUACAAAUAAAUAAAAAAUAUAAAUAGAAACAGAGUUUAAAAAUGUCCCACAGUUCAUGAAUUCCUCAGCUGAGGAAGUACUGUGCAUCUUAUUCAGAACUUAUUUAACUUUACUGAAAAAUAAAUUUAAAAAGUCAAAGGAAAUGUGAAGUGAUAUUUGCUCCCCUUAAGGAUAAAAGUAAAGAACAAAAAAAAGCAAAAAAGCUGAAGUUGUACUUGCCAUCUGAAUUUGUGCAUUUAGCUGAGUUUUUGAUCACUUAAACACGUAUAAAUCUGGGCAAUUAGAGAAAGGAUGAUUGCACAUUAAAAAGUGGCGUACCAUACUUGUAAUUCAGUAUCUAAGCACACUAACUGGGCAUACCCCUCUGGGAAAAAUGUUGUCAGUCUAAUUUCACCAGAGUCCAAAAUGCAUUAUGACUACUGUCACUGAAAAAAUAUAGUUGGGCCCCUGAAGGAGUUUACCAGAAUUUGAUUCAGAAUGACUCUUGCAUUUAAUCCUAAUAAUAUCUUUAUUUUUUAUAAAGUGCGCUACACAAUUUUAAUACGCCACAGUGGUACCAAAAGGAAAAUCCAAUGUUCCAAAACAUAAUUACCUACUACAAAAGACAGCAUAAAGUGAACUAGAUAAUUGACAAAGCUCCACUAUGUUAGAAGUUCUUGAAUAUUUUCUCAAAUGUAUAGUUUGCACCUAUUCUAGAGUGAAUUUACAAACUAGAAUUAAGAUAUGAACUUAAAGAAUUAUGUUAAAAUAAAAAAAAUAUGAAUCCUGUAACAGGUUAAAAACUGUUAAUUCAUUAUUAAAACUAAUAGUGCCUAAAAGCACAGUAAACCAUACAGUAUUCUGCAAAACAUCUUAAAACUUGAGUUUAACACUAGCAUCGCAUGCAUCCAUGCAACAGUGAAGGCUAUGAAAUUCUCUCUACCUGGUAUUUCUGACAUCAUCUUUUUGGUUAUAACUUGGCUUGAGAAUUUUUUUUAAUCCUGCUAUUUAUAGGACUAUGUUUAACAAUUGUACAUACCUAGCCUUCAAAAGAACUAUAUAUUUGCCAGCGACUAUACUAAAACCAGUAAUAUAUCACAUUUUACUGUUCAAAGAGCUCCUUAACCCAAUGUAAUACUAGCACGUAUAAAAUAGAAACAUUAAGUCGUAAAGUGAUAUUUUAAAUACUAAAAAAGUUAUGUUUAAUCAAGAGCACUGAUUAAAUGUUGAUUUCACUUUAA